UGAGGACUCGCGAAAUGGCGUCAGCAGCUGAUUAUAGCUCCUACAACCAGGCUGGGGCCCAGCAAGGGUAUGGCUCCUAUUCAGCCCAGCCUUCCCAAGCCUAUGGACAGACUACGCAGCAACCAUAUGGUCAGCAAGGUUAUGGCUCAUAUGGGCAGCCUGCUGACUCCUCUUACUCACAGACAGGGUCGUCUGCAGGCGGGUAUGCACAGCCAGCGUAUGGGUCCUCUUAUGGACAGCCACCAGCCGAAGGGACCACUACAGCGGGGUACAGUGCUGCCCCUGCGGCCCCCCAGGGUUACAGCCAGCCUGCCCAGGGCUACGGAGCCAGCAGCUACGACAACGCUUCGGCUUCAGCCACCAGCACCAGCCAGGCCUCCUAUGGUGCUCAGCCUGGAUAUGGAGCCCAGCCAGCCUACUCUGGCUAUGGACAGCAGCCUGCCUCGGCCGCACCCCCCAGAGCACAGGAACUGACCAAGCCCCCGGACACCCCCCCUGCCCAGGGUAACCCAGCCGCCUAUAGCCAGGGCUACAGCCAGAAUAAUUACGGGUACUCCCAGGUGCCUGGCUCAUACCCACUGCAGUCAGGCAAUGCCCAGGCUUCCUACCCCACUUCCAGCUACAGCACCAGCAGCCAGCCCUCCAACUACGACCAGAACAGCUACUCCCAGCCGGGAGGCUACUCCCAGCAGCAGAGCGGCUACCAGGGACAGCAGGGCGGUUACAGUCAGCAGAGCUCCUACAGCCAGCAGGGGAGCUACCAGCAGCAGCAGCAGCAGCCACCGCAGCAGCAGCAGCAGCCCCCACCCUCCAGCUACCCUCCCCCCUCCAGCUCCUACGGCCAGCCCCCUCCCAGUCAGUACGGCCAGCAGGGCGGCGGUGGCAGCAGCUACGGCCAGCAGAGCAGUUACAACCCGCCCAGUCAGUACAAUCAGGGUGGUUAUAGGCAGGAACGCCCCAGCAGCAUGAGCGCCGGCUACUCCGGCCCGGAGCCGGGCGGCUACUCUGGCCCGGGGGAGAGCCGCGGCAUGGGCGGGCUGGACAGCCGGGGCCGAGGCAGGGGCGGCUUUGACAGGGGCGGGAUGAUGCGCGGAGGAGGAAUGGUGCGCGGGGGCAUGAGUCGCGGAGGCAUGGGCAUCGCUGGAGACAGAGGUGGCUUCAUUAAGCCUGGUGGACCCAUGAAUGACGGACCGGAGCGUGAAAUGGUGCACCCUGAAGAACAGGACGACUCUGAAAACAGCACCAUUUACAUCACUGGCCUGACUGAGAAUGCGACACUAGAGGAUCUUGCAGACUUUUUCAAGCAUUGCGGAACAAUUCGAAUGAACAAAAGGCUAGGCCAGCCCGCCAUCAACAUCUACACAGACAAGGAGACGGGGAAACCCAAGGGUGAUGCCACUCUGUCCUAUGAAGAGCCCCCCUGUGCCAAAGCCGCAGUCGAGUGGUUUGAUGGUAAGGACUUCCAGGGGAAGAAGCUGAAGGUGUCCAUGGCUCGCCGUAAGCCCAUGAUGGGCAUGAUGCGCGGGGGCAUGCCCAUGCGGGACGGCAGGGGCAUGAUGGCUCGUGGGGGUAUGAUGGGCCGUGGAGGAGAGCGAGGAGGCUUCAUCCCCAGGGGGGGCCCUCGUGGAAUCGGCAGAGGGGGGCCUUCAGGGGGCAACAUGCAGCAGAGGGCGGGAGACUGGCAGUGCCCCAACCCGAGCUGCGGUAACCAGAACUUCGCCUGGAGGAUGGAGUGUAACCAGUGCAAAGCGCCCAAGCCGGAGGGAUUUGGGCCCCCGCCGUUCUCUCCAUCAGGUGGUGACCGUGGCAGGGGAGGCCCGGGCAUGCGUGGGGGCAGAGGGAUGGACCGCGGCGGUCUCGGCGGCCCAGGGGGGCCAGGCGCCUUCCGCGGCGGGCGGGGAGGUGACCGCGGCGGCGGAUUCCGAGGGGGCCGCGGGAUGGACAGAGGGGGAUUCAGAGGAGGAAGCCGGGGAGGCCCUCCUAUGGACCAGAUGGGUGGCAGAGGAGCCAGGAGAGGCAUGGGGCCCCCUGGCAAGAUGAUGGAGAUGAAGGGAGACCACCGCCAGGAACGCCGAGACAGACCCUAUUAAAGUACAGCACGUUUGCAUAAAUUCCCAUUUAGGACAGGAUUUAUUUUUUAAAGAAUAUUUUAAAAUUUCAAUUCCAUAUUUAUAAACGGUAAUGGGAAUAUUUGGUGCAUACUUUUCAUUAUUCAGUUUAGGGAAGUAGUUUUCAGUGGAUUUUUUAUUUUGUACUUUAUUUGAUGUUUUGGUUCAGGUGAAGCCCAAGUGAACAUGUUGCACACGCAUGAUCUUUGGUGUACAGAUUGGUUGUGGAAGGUGUUGUUAAGCCUUGUGACAAAUGAUUAAAUAUUGUUUUUUAACUGUAUUGCUCCCUCUUCCCAAUACUUUACUCCAUUCACCUGGACAGUGUUGAAAAUAAAAACUAAACUUCA